AAGUUGGAUGGAAAUAUAAAGAAGUUGUUGAGAGAUUGGAGGAGAGACGUAAAGCCAAGAGUAAAGAAUUUUAUGAACAUAAAAAGAAAGAAACUCAAAUCAAAGCCAAUGCUCUAAAGAACAAAGAAAAAGAGUUAAAGAAAAAUAAAUAUAUUAGCAUAAUGUUUUUGGAUGAUUGGUUAAAUAACAGGUCAACAUUUGCUCAUACAAGAGCAAAAUCAUUGGCAAGAGUAAAUUCAAUUAAAAAUAAUUUAAUUAGAGGCAACAAUUUAAAGUUGACAUUUUGA